GAGGCUGGUUUAAAGAAGGCAUUCUUCAUUGAUGACCGGGGCCGAAGCGUGCGUCGAGUGGUAAAAAGUGAGAAACAGAUCUCAACGACCGUGGGCCGACCACUCACGUUUCAAAUCAAUAACUUUGGCGUUUUGUAAAAGGGGAAAAAAGUGAGAACGUGUGAGAAGCUGAGGACGUGAAAUGGUCUAAAAAUUCCAAGUCGAGUCCGGGAAGUGUUCGAAACGGCCAGCCGCUCCCUCCGCCGAGUGACGAAUCUCCACCGAGUUGAUAUUCGCCUUUCGGAAUCGGUUUCGCUCAAACCCGGAAAAUGGCCGCUCGCGACCCAGCGACCGAAGAUUCGCUCUACCCGAUCGCCGUGCUCAUCGACGAACUCAAAAACGAAGACGUCCAGUUGAGGUUGAAUUCGAUAAAAAAACUAUCAACUAUCUGUCUUGCUCUUGGGGUAGAAAGAACUAGGAGUGAAUUGAUCCCAUUCCUCACUGACACAAUAUACGAUGAAGACGAAGUUCUCCUUGCGCUGGCUGAGCAAUUGGGCCAGUUCACACCAUUGGUCGGAGGCCCGGAAUAUGUCUAUUGUUUAUUGCCACCGCUUGAGUCUCUUGCUACGGUUGAGGAAACAGUGGUCCGUGAUAAGGCGGUCGAGUCACUGAGGUUUAUCAGUUCUCAGCAUAGCCCUGCAGAUCUAGAAGCUAGAUUCGUGCCACUUGUGACAAGGCUUUCUUCUGGUGAUUGGUUCACAUCCAGGACAUCGGCCUGUGGUCUUUUUUCUGUCUGCUAUUCAAGAGUGAAUGCUGCAGUUAAAGCUGAUUUGAGGACUCAUUUUCGCACUCUAUGCCAAGAUGACACACCGAUGGUGCGAAGAGCAGCAGCAAGUAAACUCGGUGAAUUUGCAAAAGUUGUAGAGCUUGAGUAUUUAAAAACAGAUCUUAUCCCGAUGUUUGUUACUCUUGCGCAAGAUGAACAGGAUUCGGUGCGACUUCUUGCUGUAGAAGCUUGCGUGAGCAUUGCUUCCUUGCUGAAACAAGAUGAUGUAGAGCAGCUUGUUAUGCCAACUUUGCGCCAAUGUACAAGUGACACUUCUUGGAGGGUUCGUUACAUGGUCGCUGACAAAUUUACAGAGCUCCAACAAGCUGUAGGUCCCGAGAUCACACGAUCGCAGCUCAUUCCUGGUCUUCAGUUACUCUUGAAAGACUCGGAGGCAGAAGUUAGGGCUGCUGCAGCGAAUAAGGUCAAGGACUUUUGUCAAGCACUUGAUCCGGCACAUCGAGAACAAGUGAUCAUGAUGAACAUCCUCCCCUAUGUAAAAGAGCUUGUAUCUGACCCGAACCAACAUGUCAAAGCCGCCCUGGCCAGUGUUAUCAUGGGCCUCUCUCCAAUACUUGGCAAGCAAAAUACAAUAGAGGAACUUCUUCCACUGUUUUUGUCACAACUUAAAGACGAUUGUCCAGAAGUGAGACUCAACAUUAUUUCCAAUUUGGACUGUGUUAAUGAAGUCAUUGGCAUACAACAGCUCUCCCAGUCAUUGUUGCCCGCUAUCGUAGAACUGGCAGAGGAUUCAAAAUGGAGAGUGCGCCUGGCGAUUAUCGAGUACAUGCCACUUUUAGCCGGGCAACUUGGAGUCGAAUUCUUCGACGAGAAAUUGAAUGCACUGUGCAUGGCAUGGCUUGUCGAUCAUGUUUACGCAAUUAGGGAAGCUGCGACGUUAAAUUUGAAAAAGCUUGUGGAAAAAUUCGGCUCAGAAUGGGCACAGAGUACUGUAAUUCCAAAGGUCCUCGCCAUGUCAAAUGAUCAGAAUUAUCUCCAUAGAAUGACAUGCCUUUUCAGUAUAAAUGUUUUGGCUCAAGUCUGUGGGACCGAUAUCACCGCCCAUUUGAUGCUGCCUACCGUAAUAACGAUGGCGUCUGACUCUGUUCCAAAUGUGCGAUUUAAUGUUGCAAAGACGCUGCAAAAAAUUGGGCCCAUAUUGGACGCAAAUUGUUUACAAUCACAAGUGAAACCUGUAUUAGAAAAACUGAAUGCAGAUGAUGAUGUCGAUGUUAAAUAUUUUGCUUCUGAAGCUAUGGCCGCAGUUAUUGCAGAAGAGCUACCUCACCCUAUUUUAACAUAACUCUUUUUUAUGAACACAAUAUUUAAAUAGUUCAUUUUAGUUUAAAAAUAAGUUGGUUUCAAUCAAUUGUUUUUUUGUUUGAAAAUAAUAAGGAAUGGUUAUGCAAGGAAAGUUUCGUAAAAACAAAAGGAAAAUGUAUGGUUUAUAAAUGUGAUGUUAGGAAAAAAUAAUUGGGACAUAUCGCAAGAGAUACAUGUAUGGAUAAAGUUGAUUUUAAUUUUUCACAGAUUCAGUUAAAUUGUCAAUCAUUAUGAAAUAUGCUAGGGAAUUUAAAGUAAUUUCCUAUUUUCUUUUUGGCAAUUGCAUUUUUGCCUCGUCCUUUCUAGUUUUUUGUUUGGGUUGUCUGGAAAAUAAUGCAGGUUUAUGGUUAUAAAAUAAAAACAAAUAGUGAUUUUAAA